CUUUAAGCGUAUUUAUUGUUUCUCUUCUGGUAGUUGAAAAGGAACUGGUACUUCACAGAGACACGUAAAUGAUAUAUAGUUGAACUUUACGAACAAACUAUUAGUAGCAUCUUCAAAAUAUAAACAUAUUGGUUUCUGUUGUCAGCAGCAAAUUAAUGUUAACUGAAGAGUUCUUGGAAAUUUACCCACUAGCUUUUCCACCAUCAAGACAUGUGAAUGAUUGCAACUUGGAUUUAAGACACUGUUUUUCUCCCUAUCGAAUUACCGAACCCUGUAAUUUAGAAAGAAGUAACAAAAGGGCCUUCACAGUGAAAUGGACAUUUUGCAAAUCAAUGAAAUACAAAAAGCAAGGAAAAUGAAAAAUGAUGUGAAGAUAAAAAUUCUCAAAUACUUCUUGAGCCUAUUUAAUGGAAUCUUUCUUAUUAUUGGAGCAAUCAUUUUUGGAUGUGGCAUUUGGAUCUUAUGGGAUGAGAACAGCUUUAUUGGCACACUGUUGCCUACAGAUCAUGAAGAUAUCCUAAGCGUCAGUGCCUACUGUUUCCUUGCUAUUGGUAUUACUGUCACCAUAGUGUGUUUUGUGGGAUGUAUAGGAAGUAUAAAAGAAGUGAAACACUUACUUUUUCUGUACUGCUUAUUUCUAAGUCUCAUCUUCAUUCUGCAACUUUCAAUUGGUUUGGCCGUACUUUCACAAUAUAGCAAUAUUGAAACUCUGCUGGGUAAGAAAACCAUUGAGGCUAUUAACCAUUAUGUCAAUGAUAGCUUUUCCAAAGAAUUGAAAUGGAACUUUUUGGAUCUCAUUCAGAAAGAAUUUCAGUGUUGUGGAUAUUACAACUCCUCAGAUUGGGAACGGAAUGAUCUGAUUGGUUCGACGUCUCUGCCUUGCUCAUGUAGCAAUUCUACUGUGGAUACUUCUACUUCUCUUUGUACUAUCACUGAGAAUACCUACAUAUACCCACAGGGCUGCAGCACACACAUGAAACAAUGGCUCAGUGGCAACGUUGCAACUGUUCUUGUAGCUGCUGCUGCUCUCCUCCUAAUAGAGGUAUUGCAGUUCAUCAUGGCUGUGAAUCUGUUUAAAUCCAUAAAGAUAAAAGAAAAUUAUUGAAAAGAGAAACAACUUACACGAAAAAUAUCACUUGCUUCAUCUGUUAACAUGAAACAUUUAUGCCUUCUAAUCAGAAACCAGUUCUAGUGUCUUGUUUAACUUGAAGAAUCAUGAAAUGCAACAAUUUGCUUUAGAAAUUUGAAUAUUACCAUUGUUUUUAUUGUGUGCUUUGGAUUUAAUGCACCUCUUCUAAGGAUAUUGUCUCCCAGUUAAUCCUAUAAUUGAAUAGAAAGAUAAAUAGUUAACAGGACUGGCAAAUAAAUUUCAGAAUUCUUCCAAAAUUCUCAUUGUAGAACCCAAGGAAAAGGACGCAUAUGAAGUUUGCAAAUGUAUUUUAUCAAAUCACUUUUUUAAAUUUUAAGAAAUCUUGCACCAUUCCAUUAGUUAACUUUCCACAUUGAAGUUUUCUAAACCAACAGUGAUUUUUGCAAUCUGAAAAUACAAAGGUGCUAGGUGAUGUUUUACAUUAUCAAUCUGGGUGAAGGAACUCAGGGGAUUGUACCUAAGUUUGCGGAUGACAGGAAGACAGGUGGAGAGACAGGUUAUGGUAUAAAGUUGGGCAGCUGCAGGAAGACUUGGACAGGCUGGAACAAUGGACAAAGUGACAGAUAGAAUACCAUGUGGGAAAGGGUGAAGUUAUACACUUUGGUGGGAAUAAUGGACGUGUAGACUAUUUUCAAAAUUGGGGAAGGGCGUCAGAAAUCCAGAGCACAAAUGGACUUCAGAGUCCUAGUUCAGGAUUCUCUUGAGGUUAACAUUCAGGUUCAUUUGGCAGUUAGGAAAAUAUGAAGUUAGUAUUUAUUUUGAGAGCACUAGAAUGCAAGAGCAAGGAUGUAUUGUCGAGGCUAUUAAAAAGCUCUGGUCAGACCACAUUUGAAUAUAGUGUGCAAUUUUGGACCGUAUACCUGUGAUGAUACUAUGGCUUUAAGAAGUAUAUUUGUCCUGGUUCUUUUUUAUGAAGGAAAUAUUGAGACAGAGGUACUGAGCAGUCUGCUCCAAAGCCAAUAAAUUAAACAGCUUAUGAGGCCUUUUGUUUAUCAGUUGGAACAGUUGAAGCAACCUGAAUCGGUAGGGUCAAGCUCCCACAGGACCAGGAUUUUUAGCUUUGCCUUAUUGCCCUUGCUGGAGGCUUGAAGCUGGAUGUGGACACUCUUAUUUCUCUCUCUGUUACAGCUAAAAGCUGGGGUUCCCUUCCUGCUGCAAGAAUUGAUUGUGAAACCACCCACUUUACUGAAUUUGCCUUUGCCAAAUGCGUUUACUGCAUUGGAACAGUUGAUGAGUAGUAGUUAAUAUAUCUAUUAUUUUGUUAAGCAUUUCAAUUGAGUUACAGUUAAGCUAAUUCUUUCCUUUUGUGUUUAUUUUAUCUGUGUUUUAAAUGCAGUGUAAAAAUAAACUGUUUUGCUUAAAUCAAUAGUUUGAGUAACUGAAUUACAGCUGGAAAGCAAUGCCUUACACUUGCGUUUAAAAUAAGAAAAAGUCAGGGUCUAAAAUAUUGCCGUAAUAUAUUUUGAGGGGUUUGGUCUGCUCUGUAACAAAUUAGGGGGUCUUGUCAAGAUUAAAGCAGAAUUGCAAUGUUAGAUGUCAGUGAGCUCCAAGAUGCUUUGCUGAACUGAACCAAAUGCAAGUCAAAAUGUGGCCUGAUGAUGUGGCAAGGUUGCUACUUUGCUAAUGCCAACCUCCACAGAUGAAGAGUAAAGGCAGUCACUGCCCAUGCAGUGUGCCCUGAGAUGUUUGGGAAUGCUGGCCAAGGUGGAUGCCUGACAAGUUGCAGCCACUAGUUGCCUGCUCAGACUUUCAUGUCAGGAAUUAUCGCUGUCUCGUUUCUCUUGAACGCAAUGGGAAAGUAACAACAUGCAUAUAAAUGAGAUGAAGCUAGGUAAGAAUGCGAUAUUAAUGCAUGCAAAUGGGUCUCUCAUUACUCUCCGGCUAGACUCUUGUCUCAUUGUUAAACAUUGGCUGAAGAAUCAGACUUUGUUUUUUCAAUGUCAAGCAUUUCAUUUCUCUGAUCUCGCAAUGUACUACCAACUGACUUGCCACUGUUCCCUUCAAGUGCUGGUAGGAUUCAACCUGCAGUUUCUGAAAUUCUUGCCACUAAAAGUAAAGUAUUAUCUUUCUAAAAUGAUUAAGCUAAAUAGCAUUAAUAUGCAUCUAGAAUAAUUCACAGUCAAUAGACAAAUAUUUCCAAGCUUUGGGGACAACCAAAAUACUUUCAACAUCUGAAAGUGGAAAAAUUGCACAAAGUUGUGACAGGUUGUUUUAUAUGGAAAUCGCAUUGCUGGCCUAUGGUAUAUAACGUGUAAGUUGAUCUCUGCACUUCUGAAAAAUAUUACAGAAUGCAAUAUUGAAAUUGGGAAAAUUAAUUUGCAAUUCAACAAGUGGUUCAAAACCAACAAUGUAUAAGCGCACACUUUCUUUAUGUAUAUUUUUAUGCAAUGAAUUGAUAUAUUUAAAGUAAUGUUGACUAUCUUUUUAUUCUGGUGAUUAAACACGUGUGCAAGCCAAUUUAUCAUUGAUCAACAAUAUGUGCCAUCCAUUUCUUGAAAUGUCAAAAUAUUUUUAAUUCUCUGGAGAGGUUUCCCCCUGCUAUGCAAUAUAAUAUAUUAGUGUUCUGUAAAUAUUAAAAGGAAAAUGGCAUUUAUGAAUAAGAUCACUCUAAUUUUAUAGCUUGCAUGCCAAUACAUCAGUUC